GAAACCAGAGGAACCAGGAACCCAGGAAACGAAGCACAACCAGGCCAGACCAGACCAGACAAUUUGGGGUCCUUUUCGUCCCCGGCUCUGCCGCCUUUUUUACUUCAAGCACCCUCCAGGAGCACAACAUCUUUCCCCCCGCGUAACAUGAGCCUGACAGUCUCCAAUCGAUUCGUCGGGCAUCAGAAUUCUCUCGGGGGAGGUGAUUUCCAUCCGUUUCCCUCGCCACAUCAUGGGUCUCUCAUGUAUAGCCCACAAUGGCCACCAACACGCCCGGCUGCCGUUCAGGCCCAGCCACAAGAACGAGAGCCGCCUGGAGUUGCUGCUUCUUUGAUACCAUCGCACAACAGCCACGGCGGCGGCAGUGGUAUUAGCAGUAGCAGCCGCCAAGGCACGGGACCUCCCCGCUUUGGUAAAGCACCGGAUGUCACUGGUGGUCCGGCCUCUGCGGCCAUCACGCGAGGAGGUGCAGCAAGCGCCGGCCCCGGCGGCGGCAACGGCAGCGGGAAUAUUCACAGCAGCCAAGGCGGUACCAACGACGGCACAUAUCCCGCACCAGCGGCUCAACAGCCGUCUGCUCCGGUUCCGCCUGCCGGGAUCAUCAACCCGUUCGACCUCUCUGCCGCCGAGCCCUCGCAGCCGCGUCACGUUCUCGUUCGCGUAGACGGUGACACAGGGUUUUAUCUCGGCAACGCCGUGGGCCGUCCGGCGCCACAGGAGUUUUCUCUGCCGACGGAGGUGGACGGAUCGCGGUCCGUGGCCAACGGGGACCAGAUCCAGACCGGAUGGAGUAUCGACUACUACGGCCUCUCGGGCAGCCGCCACGAGUACGGUAACGGCAUUGGGUGGCGGUGUCAGGAAUCAGAGGCCGUGGCGGACGCGCAGGGGAACUUUGGGUGGCCGAGGAACCAAAUCCGGCAGAUGCACGGAGGGAUCCCGGAUUCUCUCGGCCGGGAUGCUCAGAGUACCGGGGACCCCCAGUUACACUACUACCUCGAUCAUGAAGGACCUGGAAACGAGCCGUGCGUCCGGGGCCUUUGUCAAAAGUGCCGGCCGGUGUCUUUCUUGCCGGACUCGCAGCCGACGACCCACUGUUGUCCGCCCCCGGUGGCCGAGCCGGGCUACCUCAAGGAGAUUUAUCGGUGCAUCAUGGACAACUGCCCGUUCCUCACGGACACCCGGCGAGAGAUGAAGGCCCAUCUCCAUUCUCCAAGAAAGAACGGACACAAAUCCUACUUGACAUCCCUGGCAGCUCGCAUCGAGCACGGCCAACCCCUCAGCGCAAUCGACAAGGAAAUCGCCUCCCGCCUGAUGCUCAUGUUCAACGACCGCGACGCCCGUGGGCAGAAAUCCAUCUCUCAGCCCAUCAACACCGUCCUCGGGCCUGAGGACGUCAGCAGCCCGGCCAUCCUGCGCGAGCACACGCAGUGGAUGUCGUAUCUAGGCCUUCACACGCCCGAGCUGCACCGACGGGACUUCUGGGAUCCGCGGACAGGCGGGUGGUAUUACCGCGAGUACAACAUGGACGACGACUUUGAGGAUGCGUGCGAGAAUGUGAGGAUUAUCUCACAUGCUACGGGAAGGCCGGUGAAGCCGUCAGAUUUCCUAUGGCGUUGA